UAUUAAACAGCUGUUUGUUAACAAAUCUAGUCUUAUCUCUGUAACUGAUUAAUAAAUAAUUUGAUUAUAUAAUAUUUUGCUUUGAACUGAAUACAUUUGUCUAUUUUGUCUUAAACUUCAUACAAAAAUGAGAUUACCCAUAAAAAUUACUCAAAUUGUUAAAAAUGUUAGUCGUUCAUUUACUACCAAGAAAUUACAUCCUGUGUCUCAUGUCAUUUUUGAUAUGGAUGGUGUACUUAUAGACACUGAAAAAAUACAUGAGCAAUCUGUAGCAGCAGUGGCAUCUAAAUUUGGUAAGACCUACAAUCUUGAUUUACGUUAUAGGGUGUUAGGUGCACCAGAAUUAGAUGGAGCCAAGAUGGUAGUGAAUGAAUUAAAUUUGCCAAUAUCAAUUGAAGAAUUCUUAAAUAUGGUUCAUGCAAUUGAAAAUAAAGUUUUACCUAACGUUCCUAUACUACCAGGUGUAGAUCGGCUUGUGCGUCAUCUUAACAAGAACCAAGUACCAUUUGCUAUAGCUACUAGUAGUACUAAAAAAAGUUUUGACUUGAAAACUUCUCAUCAUAAAUCAUUGUUUUCACUUUUUAACCAUAUCGUCACUGGAGGAUCUGACCCAGAGGUAAAAAAUGGAAAACCCGCGCCAGAUAUAUUCCUUACAUGCGCCUCUAGAUUUCCUGAUCAACCACAUCCAAAUAAGUGUUUAGUUUUUGAGGAUUCUCCGAAUGGGAUACGAGGAGCUAAGGAAGCAGGCAUGCAAACAGUUAUGAUACCAGAUAAAUUAUUAUCAAAAGAUUUGUGUACUGAAGCAACUAUAGUAUUAGGCAGUAUAGAAGAUUUUGUUCCCGAAGCAUUUGGAUUGCCAUCAUUUAAUUGACUUCCUUACUACUUGUCUAUUUUUUCCUUUUGAUUUAUUUUUCCUAAAGAAUACAACUUAUUGUUUUUUGUUUAUUAAGUUUAAGCAUACAAAAACUGUUUAUUAUUGUUGACAUGUCGACCUAUAGUGUAGUUUAUUUUAAUGUAUUACCUAUAUUAAAAAGUUAUUGAAUUUAA